GAAGAUGUUCAGGCAAAAGGAAACACCCAUACUAGGCAGAAAUGUGGCAAAACAUCUCUGAAGAGAACCUCAGAUUAUUAAAUUCGACAGACUGCAAUUUACAAUCGCAACUUCAUUGUGCUGUUAUUCCUUUCGAGCCGAAUUUCACCAAACUGGUCAGCUCCCGACACCGUCAGUUGUUUUAUUAAUAGUGAGUAAAAUUAUUUAUUUCAGUGAAUGUAAUCGAUUAGACAUCAUAAUAUUUAGGCUAUAAUGUUAUAAAUCUGGUGCUGGUGAUGUAAUAUGUAAAUGAUAUGCGUGCGGCACGUGAGACUUGCUCUUGGACCACAGCGCGGCCCGCUGGAAAAAAAAAAAGGUUGAGAACCACUGAUCUAUAGCCACUCAGCAGAAGAACAUACCGUAAAAUAUUAGAAUAAACAUUAAUAUUUUUAUAUAGGUUUCUGCGUUUUAACUUAGCAGUAAACAUUCAAAUAUAUUCAAAAUAUUUAUUUUCAUAUUUUAUACACAUUACAUAUUGUCAAGUCAUAGCGUCAGGAUGGUUUGCAUUAUUUACAGUACAGUUCAGUUUCUAGGAUCCCGGAGCAGGUUGGCCCACGUAACAAAGUUGACAAACCUGUUUAAAAAUGUGGAUCGACUAGUCGAGCUGAAACACACGGUCAGUCUUGAGCUAUAGUUUCAGAGACAUAUAGCCAUUCAUAAAGCGUCGCUUCUGCUUUGCAUACGAUUUCCCUCGAAAGAAAAAAAAACAGAAGUCGCUGAGUGAAAUCAAGGAUUCUGCCUGAUGCCAGUCCAAACCUGCCGAGAUACAGACAACAAGAGUCUGUAAGUUCAAUCUGAAAAGCGUCUCACACAUCAGGAUGGGUGCCAUCAAGUCUAAGCAGUUUAAAAAGACUCCUCAGGUUCUCCUUAUGGGCUUGGAUUCGGCUGGGAAAUCUACUUUGCUGUACAGACAGCAGCGUGGUGUGGUGAUGGAGACCUCGCCUACUGUGGGCUUCAAUGUUGCGACUGUACAGCUGGACAAGAAGACCUCACUGUCCGUGUGGGAUGUUGGGGGACAAGGAACCAUGAGGCCCAAUUGGAAAUACUACCUAGAGGGAUGUAAGGUGCUGGUCUUCGUGGUGGACAGCAGUGAUCGUGCCAGGAUGGGAGAAGCUCAGAAAGCCCUGAAGAAGAUUCUGAGUGAUGAGCAUUUGAAAGGAGUUCCCCUGAUGGUGCUGGCUAACAAAAAAGAUCUGCCAAACUCUCUGACUAUUAGAGACGUGUCUAUAUUGCUGGAGCUGGAUAGUUACACGGAUCGGGUGUGGGAGAUCCAAGCUUGCAGCGCCCUGAAGGGACUGGGUCUCCAACAAGCCUUUCUCUCUAUAGCUAAACUAAUGCAUAAAGCAUAAGUGAGAUACUAUCUAGCUAACUUGGCAAUACAGCGAAUGGAGUUCAAACUUGACAGUCUCCUUUUAUCGAAGCGUAAACUUAAUAACAAGCAAAAUGAAGGUUUGAUCAUGGUACUGUCAUACUAAGACCAAGAAUGUUGGGAAAUAAUUGACUGAUUGAACUACUGCACUUGUUUACUUUUGUUAUAUGUGCUGCAAAUAUCAUAUUUAAGUUUUAUUUGUCUUCAUGUGCUGCACUUCUAGCGUGUGCACUGUAAUUGCUGCAAACAUCUUUUCCUUUGUAAUGAAUGCCAUGUUACCGUGUGAAGACUGAUUUGGAAACCAAAGUGAUUUUGAUGAGAAUCCUGUGAUACAUACAUUUUGAUAUCGGAAACUUUAUUGAAGAAAAUUCAUAGAAAUCAGGUGGUUUUAAAUGCAGUUUCGGUUUUAGGAAACACUUUACAAUAAGAUUCAAUUUGUCAACUCAAGUUAACUACAUUAGUUAACAUGACUUGUAAGUGUUUAAA